UUUGCACAAACUGUAUCGGCCAGAACGAGUAACACCAGCAAAGAGGGGGCUGGAGCUGUUAAAAACCCCGAGACUAAACAAGGGAAUGGCAUUUUCAUUGUAUGAACGACAGUACCUUGGUAUUCAUGGUCUUCUUCCGCCGGCAUUCAUGACAGCCGAGCAGCAAGCGUAUCGUGUUAUGAGUAAACUGAGAGAGCAACCGAACGAUCUUGCUAAGUAUGUCCAACUGGAUAGUUUGCAGGACCGCAAUGAAAAGCUUUUCUAUCGAGUGUUGUGCAACAAUAUUAAAGAGUUGAUGCCCAUCGUAUACACCCCCACUGUAGGACAAGCUUGCCAAAAAUUCGGUUUCAUCUAUCGAAAUCCG